CGCGUCCGUCGAGAUGCACCAGGUGCCGUACAGAACGGCGGGACGCACCUCGAGCGAAGGCCGAAACGAUAGCUUCUGGGAGCAGUCCGGGUGCUGCAGCAGAGUGCUGCCGCAAUCGCAGCCGCAGCCGCAGCUGCCGAGGUCCCGCGGUCGUGCUCGCGCCCGUGCUCGCGCCCGUGCUCGCGCUCGCGCUCGUGCUCGCGCUCGCGCUCGCGCGCGCGUCCGCGCCCGCGCUCGCACCCGCACCCGCACCCGCACCCGCACCCGCACCCGCGCCCGCGAUCGCGAUCGCGCGCGAACAUCGCGCCGAUCGUCGUCGCUCGAUCGUCCACGUUCGGUACGGCUUGUCGCGGCCGGAUCCGACGAACGUCGCAAGUCCCCGCAGUGUCUGGGCCCGGUGCGAGCCCUCUCCAGCGGCGGCAGCGGCGGCGGUGGCUAUUACGGCGGCACCCCGCCGUUGUUGCCGUCCAAUUUGCUCCUCAUAGGCCUGGCGCUCUGUUGCUUGGCCCUGCCGGCGGUGCAGCCGCGUCUCACCAGUCAUCACCAGACUUGCCCCGGCUGCCCGCAUCAGCAGCAGCAGCAGCCGCAGCAUCAGCAACACCAGCAGCAGCAGCACCAUCAUCAUCAUCAUCAUCAGCAGCAGCAGCAGCAGCAACAUCAGCAGCAGCAGCAGCAGCAGCAACAUCAUCAGCAGCAUCAGCAGCAGCAGCACCACUAUCACCACAUGCACGAGGGCGCGAGGGCUGGUAUUUUCAAGGACACCAUCGCUGCCGCGCCCAGUCCGGACGAUCUCAGGCUGGAGGCGAUCAAGCAUCAGAUCCUGACGAAGCUCGGGCUAAGGUCUCGCCCGGAUGUCAACAGGACGUUGGCCACGGUGCCGCGGCACUUGGCCUUGGAGACCCUUUACCGGGCGGAGGCGCAAACGCCGCCGCGUUACUCCGACCGGUCGAGGGUCGACUACGAGAGUGAGUAUCCGGGCGAGUUCCUUUAUGCCGGCGACGAGUAUUCGUACAGGAAUCUUGACCAGCGGCCGGAGGAGGCCACCACGACGGAGGGUAACGCCAGGACCACCUCCAGGUCCCAUCAGGGAUACGACGACGUCCAAGAGGAACUCGACGACUUCUACGCGAGGACUUCGGAGAUUAUCACCUUCGCCGAGCCCGGGCACACGUUGAACGGCCAGCCAUUGCUGGAAUUCCCGAUGUCGAGCGGUGGACCGGCAUUGGAACCCCUGAGAAUCAAAAGGGCCACCCUCUGGGCGAGAGUGGAGCUCAAGCACGCCCAUCACUAUCAGCAUCAUCGUCACAGCCAGAUCAACCAAAGGAACAUCACCCUCUGGGUGUUCAGAGUGCACUGCGGUAACACGACGCAUCUCCGGGGCAAGGAGCUCGGGCAACACCUGGAAAUGGUGACAUCUCUCGUGGUGAACGUCGGCCAGCUCGGCUGGCAGAAAUUCGACGUGACGAGGGUCGUGAGCAGUUGGUACACGGCGAGUUACUCGAAAGAUAAGCUGACGCUGCUCGUCGACUGCAGCGGGUGCGGCUCGCACGUCCACGUAUCGACCUUCGACGAGCACACGCGGCACAUGAUCGAGUCGUCCUUAAAUCCAAAAGGCGAUCACGAUCCGGACAGGCCGUUUUUGGUGGUGCGUACAGAUCCGGCGGCUGCGAAGCGCGUGAGGAGACGAGCGAUCGAGUGCAACGGCGCGAUCAAGGGCCAAUGCUGCAAGCAGAGGUUCUACGUGAGCUUCUCUCAGCUGGGAUGGGACGAUUGGAUAAUCGCUCCUCAAGGAUACUACGCCAAUUACUGCAGGGGUGACUGCGCGGCCGGUCACAGGACGCCGGACACGUUUCUCAACUAUUACACCCACGUGAUCGAGGAGUACCGGAAGAUGGAUCGGCUAGCUGGUAUGCAACCGUGCUGCGCGCCUCUCAAGUUCUCGCCGAUGUCGCUCAUUUACUACGGCCCAGACUCGAACAUCAUCAAGAGGGACCUGCCGAAGAUGGUGGUGGACGAGUGCGGCUGUCCCUAGGCGCACUCGGCCAGGAGGACAGGACGUGGAGGACGAUCGGAGAGCGAGAAUGCGUUCCGCUUCGCGACCAAGUGGAAGUAACAAUCGCGAAAGCUUGCCGCGAGGAAGUGGCAACCGCCGCAACCGUCGGGCCCGGUCCGGCGAAUCGGUCCACAAACCGUCCGAAUUCUGCGAUCUGGUGAGGCUCGUCUCGCGCGAAACGGAGAAAGCGGCGGCGUGCCGGAAACCGAACGAACGCGGGGUGGUUGAUACCUGCCCCGAGGACGACCGCCCGAGGGUAAACCGGUAAUCGCGCGAGGGUGCUUGGUAAUACCGCUUAAACAAAUUACUCGCCAUCGGCCGACGAUCGUGAUCGCGCACUACGCUGCGAUCCGCGCGGUCGGCGAUAGUCCCCGAUCGGGGAGAAAUUAGAAAUCGGAUUAGACUGUCGAAUUGGCCUUUCUAAGGUAGAACAGUCGAGUACGCGUAGAAUAGAGAAAAAGAGACCACACUCUGGUCGUAAUUUGUAAAAAGAGAUUAAAAAGAGAGAUAUGGCGUCUCGGUUUCAAAGCGUCGUUU